AUGCAGUGUCUGGCACGUAUUCGUAUUCUGGAGCCCGAAGAUCUGUCGUCUCUAUCCGUUUCGGAGCGUCGAAUCCGACGAAUGCUUUCUGUGGCCUACCGUUUAGCCCUUGCGGUAUUCGUUUCCGCGCAUCUCUUUGACUUUCUCUUCAGCAGCAUCUGGAUGCACGGCUACAUUUGGUCGUUAAAUCUGCCCAUCGACAUGGAUAUGUCAGACAAAUCUGCCGGAGCAAUUGUUUACCACCAGCUUGAGCAGGUUUGCAAGCUUAGAUUCACUGGCUUCUCAAGCGCUGAGUCACAAUCCGUAUGGAGAAUGCUUCUGUUGAGUUUCUGCAUAGGAGUGCUCGGCUCUCUUAUACGUACCCUUCAGAUGAAGCAGAGAUUUUUUUCGUCACUUCACGAAGGUUUUUACUGCUACUUGAUCACCUUCUUAGUUGGGUUGAUUCUCACCGUCAGGCCUUUGGAAAGACUAUCGAGUUCGAGGUUGCCAAGCAGAGUGGUGGUGAGCUUUUGUAGUUUUGCAUGCUGA